AUGAGUGAUUACAGCAGCCCGCCUGCUGGCUAUGUCCUCCGGAGAAACGGCACCUGUACCGCGACCGAGAAGACAUGCGACCACCCCUGGGGUCCUUGGUAUAACUGUUGCCCGGAGGGCUCUUAUUGCUCCGACGACCGAAUGAUCUGUUGCCAGACCAAGUCGGGGUGUUCGGCGGUCGUCAAGGAAGAUCCGCACUGCGCAAACAAUGCCACCUGGGAUUUAUACUACAACGGUGGUUCUUACUUCUGCUGUCUGAAUGGGAAGCAAGGCUUUGUGGAAAAGUUCCCUGGGAAUCGUGGAGAUGGCAUUGGGUGUGCUGACGGGGAACUGGAUAAUGCAUCCCAAAGUUUACUGCAGGUUAUCGCAACGGGCACUGGAUCCGCCUCGCCAACGCCAUCCGAAACGAACCCAGAUAUCCCGUCACCGACAGAGUCCGAGUCAAAUUCCUCGUCUUCUAGCAAUGUUGGUGCUAUCGCCGGUGGUGUUGUUGGUGGCUGUGCUGGAGUUGUACUCAUAACUGCACUGGUUUGGUUCAUGAUGCGGCGUCGAAAGAAGAAGGUCGCGUCUCUGACGAGUCCCAAUGCGCUGACGAGUCCCAACGCGAGCACACCGGCGGAGGAUUUCAAAGGUGGAUAUAGAGCGGAGCUUGAUAAUAAUCCUGUCAGGGCGGAGCUAUCCGGCAGUCCUAGUACAAUGGCUCAUGAGCUGCCUGUGAAUACGAGCAUAUAA